AAUUUCCUCUUGGUUGGCUUUCUUGUUCCCUACUUUCCUUUCUUUCCUUCCCUCCUCCCGGACAUUACGGAAAUACCUCCUUUUUAGGGCCCGUUUGCCUCUGCCACUUUCCCAUCAACGUUUCUCGUUUUUGCAAGAAAGCCGCACGUUUCCGCUCAAUUGGCGAUUGAAAAGGGAAUCCUGAUUCAGUGCGGGGAGCUUAUUUGCCCGCUAAGCGUAAUUUUCACGAGAGAGAAAAGCAUUAGCGCCGCCAUCGACCUCUCUGGAAUGUUUUUCGCGGGAAAGGAAGGGAACCCUACCUCCUCAAUCUCACAGAGUCACUGUCGCUCGUCGCCUCUGUUCCUACCACUUGGCUUUCUACCUUGGGGAUGAGUGUGUAUUUGAUUGAUCACGCGGCCAGGCCUUCAUGAAACACUUGAUUGAGUUUACCCGGGGGAAGCUAAAAUAACAUUGCAAUUGAAACACUAGGGCAAUCUUGUUCCAAUCGGCACUGGAAUAAGCAUCACGAUUCAUUACUGUAGUUGAUUGGCGGGACAAAGUACAUAAACAGGCAACUCGAAGGUGCAUUUGUCAGGCAAGAAAAUCUGGUCUUCACAAGCCCUACUGGCAAGAAAAGGAAGCCUGAGUCCUUGACAGUCUCAGAAGGAUAAUUUUGCCCCUUUCGGAUGGCAGUCACCUUGCACACAAAUUUAGGAGAUAUUAAAUGUGAAAUCUUCUGUGAUGAGGUUCCUAAAACAGCCGAGAACUUCCUAGCACUUUGUGCCAGUGGUUAUUAUGACGGGACAAUAUUCCAUCGCAACAUCAAGGGGUUUAUGAUUCAAGGUGGGGACCCUACAGGAACUGGAAAGGGAGGAACCAGCAUUUGGGGAAAAAAGUUCAAUGAUGAAAUACGAGAAUCACUUAAGCAUAAUGCCAGGGGAAUACUGUCAAUGGCUAAUAGUGGGCCCAAUACCAACGGCAGUCAGUUUUUUAUCACUUACGCAAAGCAGCCCCACUUAAAUGGCUUGUACACAAUCUUUGGUCGAGUGAUUCAUGGGUUUGAGGUUCUUGAUCUCAUGGAAAAGACCCAGACCGGCCACUUGGAUCGACCUCUUGCAGAGAUUAGGUUGAACCGUGUGACCAUCCAUGCAAAUCCUCUUGCUGGCUAGUUUGAAAGUAAACAAUGCAGUCCCCGUUUUUUCUCGAUGGUCAAAUUUGUUUUAAAAAAGAAAGGCGGCCUAGCUUCCCAGCAUCGCUGUUCCAUUGCUUUGCUCUGAAAAGAUGUUUUCACUUCGUCCGAAGGUACUGGAGUAUCGUUCCAAUUUUAUCGGACAUCUCUGAAAAGACAAAGGUACUGAAGUAGGAAAGGGUGUUUGCUUAUGUGCAUGUAGGAAAUUCUCAUUCACUAUUGGCUCUGGCGAGAAUGGAAAUGUUAAAACUCUUGGAUUCUUUGGGAAUCUUCAUAUUUACAUAUUUUUCAAAAAUGACAAAAAAUGGCUUCUCAGCAUGCUGUUCCUUUGCUUUGCUCUGAAAAAUGUUUUCAUUUCAUCCAAAGGUACUGAAGUAUCGUUCCAAUUUUAUUGGAUGUCUCCGAAGAGACAAAGGUACUAAUGUAGGUAAAAAGGAGAUUGCUUAUGUGCAUGUAGGAAAUUCUCAUUCACUAUUGCUUCGGUGAGAAUGGAAAUAUUGAAACUCCUGGAUGCUUCGGGAAUCUUCAUACUUGCACAUUUUUCAAAGGUGAUAAAAAAUGGCUUCCCAGCAUCGCUGUUCCUUUGCUUUGCUCUGAAAAGAUGUUUUCACUUCAUCCGAAGGUACUGAAAUGUCGUUCCAAUUUUAUCGAAUGACUCUGAAGAAAUAAAGGUACUGAAGUAGGGAGUUUGCUUAUGUGCAUGUAGAAAAUUCUCAUUAACUACUGGCUUUGGCGAGAAUGGAAAUGCCUGGAUGCUUGAGGAAUCUUCAUAUUUGCAUAUUUUUCAAAGAUGAUGAAAAACGUUUGAUGCUUUCUUUUAUCCAAUUUAACAGGUGGAAUGUAUGCCUCUCCAUUUUUACUUUAUUGUCUGUGCAUAAAAAAUGGUAGGGGUGUAUACUGUAUAAGACAUCCUUUUUAUUUCUUAUGCUUUCACAUUCCUUUCUGAAA